CGGCCCUGAUCAGGAAGUGAAUCUGUGGGAAAUAGAAAAACGGUCCCUAGAAUGACAUAGAAGCGGGUGAGGUGGGGUUGACCGAGACACCGGGACUAACGCAGGACUCGACACCUAUUUGGCUUCACCCAGGUGCAAAAGCACGUUAUCUUUGGAAGGCAUAAAAGCACCGGAGAAAAUGCUGAUUAAAGAAUUUCGAGUGAUCCUACCGAUUUCUGUGGAGGAGUAUCAGGUCGGGCAGCUGUACUCAGUAGCGGAGGCCAGUAAGAACGAGACGGGUGGAGGAGAGGGCGUUGAGGUCCUGAAGAACGAACCAUACGAGAAGGAUGGAGAGAAGGGACAGUACACACACAAAAUCUACCACCUGCAGAGUAAAGUCCCGUCAUUUGUACGGAUGCUUGCACCAGCGUCAGCACUGAACAUUCAUGAGAAAGCUUGGAACGCCUACCCAUACUGCCGUACAGUAAUUACUAAUGAGUAUAUGAAAGAGAACUUCCUCAUCAAGAUCGAGACGUGGCACAAACCCGACAUGGGACAGCAGGAAAAUGUUCACGGUCUAGACCCAGACACCUGGAAGAAGGUGGAGGUGGUGUACAUAGACAUCGCAGACCGGAGUCAGGUGGAGCCAAAGGACUAUAAACCAGACGAAGACCCGACUAAGUUUAAGUCUGUAAAGACUGGAAGAGGGCCGCUCGGUCCGGAUUGGAAGAAAGAGCUACCUAAAAGGACCGACUGCCCACACAUGUGUGCCUACAAACUGGUUACUAUCAAGUUCAAGUGGUGGGGCCUGCAAAACAAAGUGGAAAACUUUAUUCAAAAGCAAGAGAAGCGCUUGUUCACUAAUUUCCACCGGCAGCUGUUCUGUUGGAUUGAUAAAUGGAUCGAGCUGAACAUGGACGACAUCCGCAGAAUGGAGGAAGAGACCAGGAGGGAACUGGAUGAGAUGAGAGUGAAGGAUCCAGUGAAAGGCAUGGUGGCUCUUGAAGACUGAAGCUGCUGUGUGUUCCUGGAUGCUGCGGUUCAGAAAGAUCAGACCUGAACUACUGGAGACCAGCAGCAUCACUCCCCUCAAUCAAAUCAAAGCAACAUGUCUUUUUAAUCGUAAUCAAAGUCCUUCAUCCAGCUCUUUUGGUGCAGUUUGUCCUGAGCAACCUUCAUAUCCUCCUUUCAGUCUGACAGUGGAGCACACUGACUAGUUAAAUAAGCUAUUAUUCCAGUUCUAAUAUCAUGCCCAGUUUAUGAAGUCUACCUACUUAAACAAUUACAGGGACGAUCAGCAGUUCGUCAUUUAUGAUGUCAGAUCAUUACCUUAAUAAGUGGAGCUCGGCAGAUUUGUGUUUUAAGAUGAGUUUAAUGUAAAGCAGAUGAUAUUUGUGUGUGUGUAUAUUCAGAAUAUCUACUGGCAGUUGAAUUAUUGUGACAGAUGUAUAAACAGGGUUAAGUAAUUAUUCUUAUUAUUUUUUUUUUUUUGUGUGGACCAAGCCAGUUUUCCUUGUUUUCUUCCAAUCUGUAGUGAUUUGUUUUAAUUUCAUUUUAGCCAUUUUUUAACCUAUUUACCAGCUGAUCCAAGGUGUAAGUGUGUCUCUUUAUAGUGUAGUAGGCUACUGUACAAUCACAGUCGUGUCAGCCUGGCCAUUAAUUUAUUUGUAACAUGGAUUAUGGACUGCAAGUACAGUUCAUAUUUAAAUGCAAAACCCAGUUUAUUAUAAUCAGCUGAUCGAACAGUAUCACAUGUUUGAAAUAAGCUCAAGUUAAAAGUAUUCUUGUUUGUUAAUCAGUCAAUAUGAAUGGUUUCAUUGUCAUUUCUUCCAGUUUCCUUGUGUGUGCUAUUUUAGUCAAGUAAUUAUUAUUAUUAUUAUUAUUUUUUAAAUAAAAAAGACAGGUGUACAGUAGCUGUAGCUUGCCCUUCCCUUGGUUGUUUUUGAUUGGUUUACAAGAUCAGGCCCCUCCCUUUUCUUUAGUCAGCGACUGACUGACUGACUGUCUUUGAAAGAACUUGAAGAGGCGACACUAAACCAUUUAGUCUUGACAUCUUUCAUAAAAGGUCUAUUAUUAAUAUAGAAACCUUUUUUUUUCCUGACUAUUUUGUCGCCACCAGAUGAGGUGCUCAAGGAGGAUAUUUUACGUUAUGCACAUAUUUUAUAAAUGUACAAUUAUUUUCGUCUCACCUCCUCUCCAUUUUAUUAAAGGAUCGAUUACCGUACUUCCCCUUUUAUAACAUGUCUUGAGGAUAAAGACACAUUUAUCCAGAUAUUAGCAAUAAUACCUCCUUUGAAAAAACCUUCCAAUCAACAUGAUGUGAGAUAGUGACUUUAGAAGUGUAUAAUCCAUUCCCUCUCCGAAUGUUGCGUCAUUAGGACUUUAAUACAAAUAUAUUCUCACUUCCAAUCGCUCCUAGUAUUAUUGAUUUGGAAUCGAGUAAGGAAGGUGAAAUAGAUUGAGUAUGGGUUUUUAAAUCAGUCUUUUCUUAGUAAAGUGAUGUGUGUAUGGAUGUAUGUUCGUCUGAACUUCUCAGUGUUUCUUGUUUUCGCGUGAGGGACAUUCGACAUGUAAUUACAAUGAAGGUUUACACCCUUGUGUUUCUUUCCGCCAAUGCUCAGGACCCAUUAAUGCACACCUAAAUUCACUCUGACGAGAGUUAAAUUAUUCUUGUAGAAUUACAUCGAAUUCUUUGAAAUUCGUAGCAAUUACAUUGAAUUCUUAAGAGAUGAAUGCAAGUUUUAUGGUGUAGACUGCGCGUGGUAAAACAUCUUUACCGUCAUAAAACAACCAUCAAUACACCAGAAUUGUGUUGGUCCUGAGUCUAAUCAAAGUGAUGUAUGGAUGUAUGUAUUGAAUUGUAUAUAGUAUAUAAAUAUAUGUAGAUGAACACAUAAAUAUAUAUAUAACUAUAUAAAUAUAGCUCAGACUGUCCUGCCAGGCUAUCAGCAUAAAGCCUUCCAUCAACCCAACCAGAGUAAUUAUAUCUAGCGGUUUAGUAAUGGCUGGGUUUUAUCUGUGGGAAAAGUGACUGGAUGGUGGUGGAUAAUGGUGGUUUAGGAAAUUAAAACUAGAUUUGAACUAUUGAUUUGAACAAUCCAUAAGGGAACCUUCAGAUAACUCCGCCCAUCUCUGUCACUGGCCCCGCCCCUCAUCCCUGGCCGCUCCUCUUUGGCAGGAUGGUGUCUAAAUAUGUUUUCAUCCAUCGAUUGUUGUUGUAUUUUUGCUGUGAGCCACACUUUUAAAUUCCUUUCAAAGCUUACACUGUGAACGAAGCCACGACCUUUGGACUUGAGAAAAAGACCCUUUCAGGGGGUUUUGGACUAGGUUGCCAUUCUUCUCUCAGGAGACUCGAUUGAAACUUGUCCAAGCUGGUGUUUGAAUGACAGACAGGUGGCUUAUAAAAGGGAACUAUACACAUGAACUCAUCAUCCACAGUUUGGGUUACCAUUAUGCGAGACAGAUCAUGGUAAACAGGACUUUCUCAUAGAUAUGUUGUUGUUAGAUUUCAUGAUUUGUUGUCGAAAUUAAAACCCAAUGAUUCUAGAAAUACAUUAAAAAAAAAAGUUUUAUGAAUUUGUUUCACCCCAACCUGUCAUGUCAUGUUUUUUUUUUUCUUUCUUUUACUGUGAAUUUGUGCCUUUUGUCAUCUUAUCUUCCAAUAAAACUACAUUGGAGAUGUGAAAAAAUAAAUAAACUUUUAAAAAGUAGUGUUUUACUGGUUUACACAUCAAUACUUAUUCAGUAUAGUUUUUCAGUAAUUUCAGUAAUUUCAGUAAUGACGAAAUACGAGAACCCUCCAUAGACAACAACGUAACUGACACAUUCAAGGCCCAGAAAGGUAGCAAGGACAUCGUUAAAAUAGUCCAUGUGACAUCAGUGGUUCAACCUUCAUUUUAUGAAAUGAUGAAAAUACUUUUUGUGCAUGAAGAAAACCAAAAUAAGGACUUUAAUAUACAAUUUAGUUUCUUUCGUGCCAGUCUUCAGUGUGUGUUGAUGACAGUAAAGGUGUUUUUUUUUUUUUUUUAACAUUAAGGUUGAUCGUGGUAAUUGUGCUGCUGUCUACAGGUGCAUCUCAAAAAAUUUGAAUAUCAUGGAAAAGUUUUUUUUUUUUUUGUAAUUUAAAAAAGCUAACUUUCUUAUAUUCUAGAUUCAUUGCACACAAGCUGAAAUAUUUCACAAGUUUUUUGUUUAAAUUCUGAUGGUUAUGACUUACAGCUUAGGAAAAUUAGAAAUUCAGUAUCUCAUAAAUGAAAUCAAAGAUCAAUCACAAAAGAUUUACAAAACAGUAAUGUUCAAGAUCUCCAAAGCAGGUUUACUUAUGCACCUCAAUGCUUGGUUGGGGCUCCUCCUAGAAUAUAAGAAAGUUUCCUUUUUUUUUAUUAAAUGACCAAAAAUAAAGACCUUUCCAUGAAAUUAUAUAUAUUUUUUUGAGUUUUUUGAACCUGUAUGCAGGGUCAAAAAGCUCUUGGAUUUCAUCAGAAAUGUCUUAGUUUGUGUUCUGAAUAUGAACGCAGAUCUUGCGGGUUUGGAAUGACAUGAGUGUGAGUAUAUGAUACAAUUUUCAUUUUUGGGUGAACUAUGACUUUAACAUCAGAGUUAUUCCUCAAGAGGGCAACACUGACAUGUUGAUUAUGGUGCUCAUGAAAAUGAAAUAUGUUUGAGUCUGGCAUGCGACAUUUUCAGACCUCCCCUCUUCUCCAUUUAUUGUUCUCUCUUUAUUAUGCAAAUAAAACCCAUUUCUUAAUCUUA